UUUUUUCUGACAGCAGCUUAGUCUCACCAGAACAACAAGAACUCUCAACAAACAGCUUAAGCUCAGAAGCUUACGAAGCGACAUCAAUGGAGACGAAGUUAGCAGCCACUGCAACAAGCCAAUAUUUGGAACCUGUUUUGCAAGAACCAUGUGGUAUCAUCCUCUUCCUCCAGUUCCUCACAUGGUGCAUCUCAAUGUUCAACAUGUUCCUCCCCAGCUCAUGCCAAUCCAGCUCCUGCAACUGUAGUCCCGCCGCAAAGGCGGCACCGGAAUCGGUUCUCACCGAAAGAGAAGUAAUCAAGACAAGGAGUAAGAAUAAGGACGAUGACAUGGAGCUGGCACAUGAAGAUAUAAACACCAUGAUGAGAAACAUAGGCCUGGAUUUCGAUCAAGAAAACAGUAUGGUCUGCAAGUGCAUUGGCAAUGACUCUAUUGCUCAGAUUUUCGAUGAGGAUGAGCCCAGCUUGCAGGAGGUAUGGCAGGCAUUCUUGGUGUUUGAUCACAACAAUGACGGGUACAUCGACGCGUCGGAUUUGGAGCGAGUGCUCCGGAGUCUAGGAUUAGGGGAAGGUGUAGGUGUGGAUGAGUGUGAGCAGAUGAUUGCCAAAUACGACGUGAACAAGGACCGGAGAAUAGACAUAGCAGAGUUCACCAAGGUUUUGGAGGCUGGCAUUUGCUAGUUUUUCUAUGUGUAAUGUUUGGUUCAAUGUCCCAGAAGCAGAAGGAUUGAUAUGCAGAACAGGAUCCGAGAGUUGGUUUUGGCAAAAGUAGCAGAAAAAAAAAGAUAUUUCCCUUGUUCUGCAAUCUCAUUUUACCGUGUUAAGUUCGGUCAAAUUUGACAAAAAAAAACUUUUUCAGUUCCAUGAAUGCAAAGCUUCAUCAUACUUGGGCAUAAGGCAUAUGUAUAAUGGUACAAAAAAUACAACUUUGGCCUAUGAUCUUAUUUCUGAGCAAUAUAACAAAAUAUGUUUA